AUGCCGUUGGCCAAGUCAUUGGACAAGCGCCACCACCCGUCUCGAGGAGAGAGAGCGACUGCACUGAUGCGCCGCCAUGGGGAGGCGGAGGUGAACUCUGUUGAUGCCGACUCCUCGCCGUCCUCCCAUCUACAUCCCUUUUCCAGCAGCGGCACCGGCCUUCUCGAGGACAUGCUCGAAGAUGAGGAGGAGGAGGGCGGCGGCGGCGGCGAGAGGUUCGUGCUGCACUUUGACUCUUCGCCGCCGUCGUCGCCUCCUGUUGCCCCUCGCGCGGAGGCAGCUGUGGAUGACGACGCACUCCCCGCAUCCGCUGAUGUGGUGGAGGAGGCGAACAACGCCACGGCGGCGGUGGCGACCCCAAGCAUAUUGCGUCUCCCCGCCCACGAUGGAACGACCGCUGCACCGUGUAUCCCAGGUGCGGCUCCCGAGCCAUCGACACGAACAUCAUUGAACACGGCGGCUACGGAGAGCUUCGGCGAUGCACCGCGCCGCCUGCUGCUUCUUCGCCCAGACACAGGGGGCGCGCCUUGUUCGCUUUCGACCGCCUCCUCCACGGCAGUGCCGCCAGCGGCGCCGCUCUCAUCAGCACUCAACAGUGCACGAGGCGGUCGCGUCCUUAACGUCAGCACCGCAGCUGCGGCAAAGUCGGAUACCUUCUCAGCGGAACCGGCGCAAGAGGCGCCGCAUACGCCAUUGCCAGCCUGCGCGGUCACCACCACGACUGUGGCAACUGAAGCGACCAGCAGCACUCUCAAGAUAGCGUCGCCGACACGAUCGACAACUCCCAUCUCGGCCUCCGAGAGAGCGGGCACUCCUGGGUCUCGUGAAUGGCAGCCGUUUCUUCUGUCUUUCGCCUACCCAGUCUGCUCGACGGACGCUACUACUCGGUCGCAGAGGUCACCGCCUCUACUGUCGAUGCCUGCCGCCACGAAGGGGCGCCGCACCGUCGCGGUGCACUUAGACUUCAUUGCUGCCGCGCUCGGUGAGACCGCCUCCCACGACGACGCCGCCUCCAUAGCCGCGCACUGCUCACGUGGGAGCGUUGCCUCGUGUGGCUGGUCGCCGCAGCGCCUCUCUACCAACGUCCUUUCGCCUGACGUAGAUGCACACGACACGACGCACAGAGCAUCACAUGGCUACUCGGUCAUCAUAGGGGAUGCGUCCCUGGCGUCCCGCUGCUUGAUGUGCCCGCUGGUGGCGGCUGUGCUGCCCGGCGAUGACGGUCGCUGUUAUGACGCGAUAUGCAAAUUACCCACCAAUAGUGGGACUGGAGAAGUGCGCGCUGGCCCGCUGCUUGAUGUAUGGGUGCGUGCUGUGUCGGGGCGGCAGCUCUCCGCACAGCAGAGGUGCCACCGCAACACGCUCAGAUUCCUUUCUUCGAUGACGGAAGUUGUGCGGAAGGAUCAGCCGCGGCCACAACAGGGGGCUGCCAAACUAGAAGGCGCCACGCGAGACGAGGGUGCAGGCUGUGCGCCUGCGAAGCUGUCGCCAUCAUGUGAGUCGUCGCAGCCGCUGUUCACAACCGUCUUCACGGCGUCGUGGCUUUCCCAACUGUGCUGCGUUUUUACUCCGUGUCACCUUGCCACAACACCUUACCGCCACCCGCCCACGGGCGACGUGCGGAGGCCGCGACCGGCGAGGCGCUCCCUGUGGCCGUCAUCACAGUCGCCAAGUCUGGUGUGGGUGGCGACGCAGGUGACGCAGGACUGCAUCGUGACUCGUCCGCGCCGCCUCACCGGCUCCACGUCUUUGCCACCACUCCAGUCAAGUGAGCCAAAAGGCAAGGUGCGGUACUACUGGCUGCGAAGCGACCCCCGCCAGAGUGACGCGUUGCACCGGUAUCUCUGUCGCGUCUUCGCCUGCUGGGCAAGCGCUACUUCCGCACCGUUUUCGGCGUCGUCGCCGGAUUUGUGCGCGUCGCCAUGCGCGGCGACUGACAUUCUGGCGGCUUCCUCUCUUCUCGACAUCAUUAUUACAAGGGCCAACCCAUCAACGCUGAGCUUGCGUGGGGGCACUGUAGGCACCGCGUCUGCGGUGCUGGUGGCAGACGAGACGCUUCACACUGCGGAGCUGGAGGCCGAGGACGCGGCGGAGGCGCCGUCAGCUGCGGCUGAAGGACGAAGACUCUCCCCGUCGGCGCUGCGCGCCCGCGUCGCCAUCACCGCUGCUGUGCUGCAGCACCUCAUGUGGGGUGCAGUGGAGAGGUUGGAUACGGGUUGCAAGGGAAAGGCGCCAAGGGCUGCAAAUAUGGGGCGGAAGGUGGUGAGCGGCCCAGAGCAAACACCAUCGACGCCGCUGCCACCGGGAGAGCAGCAUGUCGUGCAUUUGGAGGGAGUGACCUCGCAUAUUGUGCGCGCCGCGCGAGUGCUGGCAGUGCACUGGGUGUGCGGGAGUCCAUCCCUCUUGCUCAACGCACCCACAUCGCUGAUGGACUUUCUCACAGAGGAGCGACUGCUGCUGUCCUCUAUCUUGUCCGUGGGGCGCUUGCUGAGUGACGUGUGUGCUCGUGCUUCACAGGGCGCCGAUGCAAGCGACCCUGUGAGGGCUCCCUCCACCACGGGACUCGACAUGCUGCGCUACUUCGCAACCGAAUACGCUUCUGCCUCACUGGCGGCGUUGGCGUGGCUGUCACAGCACGCUGCCGACACACAGCUGCUUCGGGAAGAGGGUCUUGUGUCCCUACGUCUCCACGAAGCCGAGCGCGCGCUGCUCCGUUCUGCGUCGGCGUUACCGACCUCGUCGCAGCACGGCGGGUUGGUAAGGCACCGACUGAGCUCCGGCGACGGUCCAGCGUUCCGACUCUGCUCUUACACUGAGGAGUCGCAUCAGCGCUUCUCUCGGGACGACGGCACAACUGUUGCAGGCAGCUCGGUGCUUCAAGCACCCCUGCGAGGGAAGGUGAAUGUGCGCGUCGAGCACGCAGCCGUGAUGAACGCGUUCAUGGUGCAUCUUGAGUGGACGACGACGAUGUCGGCGGCAGCCUGUGAUGUACCCCCGCCAGCACUCUCCCCGGACGUCCACGCCGCAGUGGAGCUGCCAUUUCUCCUACUUGUCUUUGUCGUCGCAGAGGACGUGGGUGGCACUGCACAGGACUCUGCAGGCUCUUCAUGGACGAGCGACGAUAGGAGUCUCAGAGGCACUCGUGGCGUUGGUGGGUGCGCAGUGCGCCUGUACCAGGCGACGCCUUUCUCCUGGCGCCUGAGCGCUGCCGCCUGCACUGCCAACGGAUUCGCGGCCCGCACGACCCAAUUGCUGACGCACACCAUGGAUCUGGUGGCGCGACAGCCGGACGUCUUUGAGGGGUUUCACCUGCAGGCUGUUGCGGGUCUUGGCAGCGGCGCAACUACCACGGCGGCUGCCAGCGCACGGACACGAACAACGCUGAAGCGCACUCGCGGUCACCGGCGCGGCACUGGCUGUGCCGAUGGCGCUGCAGAGGGGGGUGCGUCUGACACUGCCGCUGUGCGGCGCAGCAGGGCCCAGCCUCGCGCAGGCAAGAGGCGAAGAACGGGCGUGGCGGACGACGACAGCCGCAGCGACGGCAGCGAGAUGUCUAGUGACGAUGAAGACGGCCCAAUCAACUCGGAGGUUGAUGAUGACGAUGCGAGCACCCUAGUACUCCAUGUGGGGUCGAGUCGCGGCUUUCGAGCCCCCGACGCCGGGGCGUCGCCACCAGACAGCGCCCCUGCGCGCCGCCGACGCCCCGACAGCGACUUUCGCAAGAGCUCGCUCAGCGUAUCUCUGUCGGUGUUUGACGCAGCGCGCGUCAUACCCGUGGUUGUGUUUCGCCAAGAUGCUGCCGCUCCGCUGCUGGAGGUGGAGGUGAGCCCAGCAAGUCAACUGGCUGCGCAGCUCGCGGCGUUCAGUAGCAGGGCAGCGAAGAGUGGCGGCAGAAACGCCAAGGAAGAAGACGAGGCACAGGAGGAGGUGUCGCGUGUGUUGUGCGCGUUGCUUGAUCACUGGAUCGGCUUCAGCUCACUGCACGCGGCGGCGCCCCACUAUGUUGCAGGCUUCCAAGCCCGCCGACAGCACGGCGCUCUCACGCUGACCACGCAACUGGGCAGCAUGUCGUCUCAGACAGGGGCGCUGACGGAACCUUGCGUUCUUCACGCCUACGCGGACGUGCUGCGGAGUCUGUGGCGAGAACUAGCGCAUCUUUCUGAAUCUUCCCCCCACUCUACGCCGACUUCUCCUUCGGCGUCCUCGCUCCUCACCAGAUUUGUGUCUGUGGUUGCACUGCGUGCUCAUCUGCUGGACCCUGUGUGCGUUGCGACGGCUAUUGAAGCUGCUAUUGCUGAGUACGCGCGACAGGAUAUCGAGUGCCGGAGGCGUCUACUGGCUGCGAAACGAUAUGCAGCGGUUCAGUGGGCCUCGGAGGAGGCCGCGGGGAACGUGAAGGAGGGCGGCGCGCGGCGGAGGAAGCCAAAGAAGGAGAUGCAGCAGCAUCAGCGGCAGCUUCUACAGGCGGAGGAUUCGACCGAGGCUGCGGCGCGGGCCAUGUGGGCGUCCCUCACCAUGCAGAUGAAGGCUCUCGUCAGAGCGUUCUACGCGGAGGUGCUGGGGGCGUUUCCUCUCCCGUCACCACCGCUGCAGACAGAUAACCAGCCUAGCACGAUACAUGCAGAGGCGGGGAGCGGCUCUUUCUGUGGGACGUCACGAGGCAAUGUGCUGCCAUGGUGCGUGUCAAAUUCUUGGAACCUUGCUGCAUCAGAGAAGCGUGCGGCCUUCCUGUCUGGUCUCCGAGGUCUCUUGCAGUCCAUGGAGGUCGAGGAGGAGGGGCCGCCGCCGCCGAGACGCAGUGACACGACAGCUCCUAGCUUCUUGCCAGCUUUUCGGCUGCAACUGGCCGGCGCAUCCGCCGACAAAGUCUCCUCGCUGCAGACGCUGCCCUCCUCUUUAAAGUUGCGACACUGGCGUGCAGCUGGCGCAGGCGAUGCGGCGGACCCAGACGUCACGGUCGCCAAGCUGGCAGAGAUGUGUGUGGCGCAGUUCUCAUGCACUCCUUCGCAUUCGUGUCUCCGCUUAGCCGGUGCCUCUUCUGCAACCGUGCGGAGGGGAAAGAAGAGAGUUGACAAGGCGGCUUCGUGGGCGGUGGCGGGUGACGAUGCAGCGGCGCAGCGAGCUGCUCAGCUACUGCUUGUCAGCGACGCUCUCCUGUUACCGCGCGGCAGGAGCGCGUCGGCGGCUUCCGCGCACGGUCAGGCGACUGCCGCCAAACUUGCGCUGCCGUUGGCGCAGCUGAUGAUGAGCGCAGACGCCAUGCUACACUGA